AUGACACAAGAUGCGACCGUGCGAAGCCUGCUUACCGUCAUCAUCACCACUUCGCCAACGCCGUCUGCACCAUCAACAGAGCUCAUAUCAACAAUUUUGGAGUCGUUUGAUCGACACUGUCCAGAGUUGAUAGAAUGUAAUGUUGUCGUCGUGUUUGAUGCCUUCGAUCAGAUUGUUCCAAUUGCGAGAUUGAAGAAGGGACAGGUUACACCUAGUCAGGCAUCCGACUUUGAGGCUUAUAAGAAGAAUGUCAAACAGUUGAUACUCGGACGAUAUCACCAAGAUGCCGCUAAUACUGCCUUAAUUAAAGAGGAUACUACUGCAGAAUAUGGAAGCCCCAAGCAUGAGAACCUAGUUGACUACUCAAUAUCCCACACAAUCGACAAAAGAGUUACUUUCAUAGAACCAUCGAGGCGUCUUGGCUUUGGCCUCGCAGUCAGGUCAGCCCUGCGAAUCAUCCAAACUCCGCACGUCUGGGUCCAACAGCAUGACUGGGCUCUAACCGCGGAUCUUCCCAUUCAGCCUCUUCUUCAGAUCAUGCAAAGCCACGAAUCAGACACAGAAGCACCCAUCAAAUAUGUCUGUUUAGCUGCUGUGCGCAUGCUCUCAUACGCUACUUCCGCGAUAGUAUCGGAAUAUCCUACGUUACGCGAUACCUCAGCAGCUCUUACUCGUGAAUAUGAAGCACCGUCAUACCCUGGAACUAAGAUACCACUGACACCAAUGUAUUUCUGGCACGAUAAACCUCAUCUUGCAUCAACGGCACAUUAUUUGGAGCGUGUAUUCCCUACGCGACUUGCGAUGCUGAGAGGAGACUUCAUCGAGGAUAAGAUUGGACAAAGAGCUCGCGCACAGAUGAAAGAGGGACUGUGGACGAAAUGGGCUACUUGGCUAUACUACCCUGAUCAGGGCAAGACGUUAUGCUUGAGACAUCUGAAGGGCCGGACUUGGGAGGGUACAACGGGGCAGGCGGAUAAAGCUGCUAUGUGGCGACAGAUGAAUGAAGCUGGAAGGACAGUAGAAGCGAAAGGCACGGCUUGGAUGGACGAGAGUCAUGAUAUAUCUAUGUUCAUACACGAAGAGGAUCAUAACUCAUGA